CUCCUCCACCAACCGGCCAUCGCCCACCGGCCCACGAGCACCAUCUCUCCUCUCUGCUCCGCGAGUGGCCUUUUGCCCACCUAAGCCGCCUCCCCAUCCUCUGCUUGCUCCGGCGGGCGGCGAGCGCCCCGCCGGACCGACGACGACCUCGCCGUCGAGCUGGUGGCCGCUCAACCUCUAGCGCUCGCAGGGAUCCCGGGAAGCCUCCCUCGGCCGCGUCACCACCGGCAUCUGGUGCUUUCCGCUCCCACCACAGUGUGCUGCUCUCGUCAGUUGCCACCGCCCGACUCGGCGCUCCGGAGCCCAGAUCUUGGUUCCGGAGGAUCCUCUCCGGCGAUGGAUUUCGUGAAGGUUUUCGAUCAGGCCGUGCGGGAGAUAAAGAGGGAGGUCAAUUUGAAGGUGCUCAAGGUUCCAGAGCUCGAACAGAAGGUACUUGAUGCAACAAGCGAUGAACCUUGGGGCCCUCAUGGUACUACUCUUUCAGAGCUAUCACAUGCCACCAAGAAGUUCGCUGAAUGUCAGAUGGUAAUGAGUGUCCUCUGGACUAGGCUGUCUGAGCGAGGCUCGAAAUGGCGUCACGUGUAUAAGGCUUUGACAAUUAUUGAGUACUUAAUAGCCAAUGGUUCUGAGCGGGCAGUUGAUGACAUUCUUGAUCACUAUUCAAAGAUCUCGGUUCUUUCAAGUUUUGAAUAUGUGGAACCUAAUGGAAAAGAUGCUGGAAUAAAUGUGAGAAAGAAAGUCGAAACUAUAUUGGGACUCAUAAAUGACAAGGAGAAAAUAAAGUCUGUAAGAGAGAAAGCCGCCAGUAAUCGUGACAAGUAUGUUGGGCUAUCAUCGACAGGGAUAACAUAUAAGUCAAGCUCUGCUUCAUUUGGUAGCAACUAUAGUUCUGGUGAACGUUAUGGGAGUUUUAGUGGUACAAGGGAAGGUGAUUCAUACGGUGACAGUUAUAGGGAUAAAGAACCUGUUAAAUCCUCUCCAAGUUAUACUGGCAGCCAGAAAUCUGGCAGCAGGAUAAAAAAGGAUGUGAAUAGAAGGAAUGAGGAUUCACCGAGCUCCUUGAAGUCUAAUGCAAAAGGCAAUGAGGACGAUUUUGAUGAUUUUGAUCCUCGUGGAUCUUCUUCAAAUGGUGCAGCUAAUACAAACACCAGUGGCGUGGAUCUUUUUGCCCCAAACUUAUUGGAUGAUUUCAUCGAUGUGCCUGCAGCAGCAACUCAUGAAACAAACGACUCUGCAGACGCUCAGGUUGAUCUGUUUGCUGAUGCAGAUUUCCAAUCAGCAAUACCAAGUACAGAAACAGCUGCGGGUUCAGAUGUCCAGGGCAAUGUAGACCUUUUUGCGGAACAGCCAGCCUUCACAGCAGCCUUUCCACCACAGACAGGGUUUAUUCCACCACCAAGUUCUGGGACAUCUGAAGCAAAUACUUCCACGUCUAAGAACACAACUCCUGAACCUUUUGAUCCUUUUGGUGCUAUUCCUAUAAACAGCUUUGAUGGAUCUGAUCCAUUUGGUGCCUUCAACUCCGAUGUUGGAUCAUCUAGUAUACCACCACCCACGCAGAGUUCUGUUGGAAAUAUCAGCACACCAAGUCAGAACCCUCAAGCAGCAUCUGACUUUGGUGGCUUUGUGUCGAGCACUGUAGAAACAGCAGCUAAGGACCCCUUUGAUUUUUCAAGUAGCAAUCUUGGGAAAACACCUUUGGCAGAUCCAAAGGCUGAUGCAUCCGAUUUUGGUGCCUUUGUAUCGCACAGUGAGGAAGUAGCCAAGGAUCCUUUUGAUCUUUCUUUGAGUACCAGCUCUGGAAGGACAAACCAAGCACCUCUGGCGGCUCCCAAGUCAGAUACCAAGAAAGAAAAUUUUCAGGUCAAGUCUGGCAUAUGGGCUGACUCAUUGAGCCGUGGACUGAUUGAUCUGAACAUAACUGGACCAAAGAAGGUGAACUUAGCCGACGUUGGGAUUGUCGGUGGCCUCGAUGACGGGUCUGAUGAUAAAGCUCUGCCCUCAUGGACCAUGGGUGCAGGAGGUUCCAGCCUAGGAAUGUCCGGAAUUCCUUCAUCUACACAAAGUGGUGGCAUUGAGAGCUUAGCUAACUACAACAAGUACCAGUUUGGCUUUAAAUGAGCUUUCAUGUGAGGCUUUCUAGUAUAUGCCGGUUAUUGUCGGAAUGUCGGCUUGUGCCUUAUUUAUUUUUUGUUGAUUCUAUUCUCCCCUCUUUUGAUGCUUACAUUCCUUUACAAUCGCCUCCAAGGAUCGUGAUCUUGGUUCGUCUUGUCGCGCUUGUAUUGUAUUUAUUGGAUUUGCGGAUGAGAGACUCCUACCUAUAUCACACCCUGAUUCAAUUUAACUGUACUGUUAUUUCACAAUCGUGUUAA